AUGCCUUUCUCUAUGUACUCUUUCGGCCUCAUCGCGGCUCUCACUGCCUUCGUCCAGGCUCUGCCCACCGCUCCCUCCACACCCUCCCUCGAGGACCUGACCUCGACUGGCAACUCUAACCAGGAGGUGCCUGAGAUUCCAGAGAUCCCCGGGCAGCCUUCCUCUGACGACUCCGGUGACUCUGGCUCCAGCUCCGGCUCCAGCUUCAUGGGUGUCGGGUUUAGCAACACAAUCGACCUCGGAAACCUCGAGGAGCUCCCCACCGUCACUACAGACUUCCUCGCCGGCAGCAUCCAGAACUUUGAGACAGAUGAUGAAAGUGAUAGCGACGACGAUGAGGGGGCUUCGAACUAG